AUGGAGGGAGAGGCAUCCUCAGAUCUGGUCUCAGAGGCUGAGCUUGAGCGUUCGAAUCAUCCUAAGGCCAAGUCCAAGUGUGGACCGACUUUCUUCCCUUGUGCCAGUGGCAUCCACUGUAUCAUAGGCCGCUUCCGAUGUAAUGGAUUUGAGGACUGUCCAGAUGGCAGCGACGAAGAAAACUGCACCGCAAACCCCCUCCUAUGCUCCACGGCCCGCUUCCAUUGCAAAAAUGGCCUCUGCAUCGACAAGAGUUUCGUGUGCGAUGGAGAGGAUAAUUGUCAGGACAACAGCGACGAGGAGAACUGUGAGAACUCCCAAGAGGCAGGCAGCGGGCAGGUCUACGUGACGCCGGAGAACCAGCUGCUCUACUACCCCAGCAUCACCUAUGCCAUCAUCGGCAGCUCCGUCAUCUUCGUGCUGGUGGUGGCCCUCCUCGCCCUCGUGCUGCAUCACCAGCGGAAAAGAAACAACCUGAUGACGCUGCCCGUGCACAGGCUGCAGCAUCCCGUGCUUCUGUCCCGCCUCGUCGUUCUCGACCACCCACAUCGCUGCAGCGUCACCUACAAUGUCAACAAUGGCAUCCAGUAUGUGUCCAAUCAGGUCUACCACAAUUCCCUGGACUUGGAAUCCCCUCCCUCCUAUUCAGAAGCUGUGCUGGACCAAAGCAGACCCCCAUGGUUCGACCUCCCUCCUCCCCCUUAUUCUUCGGAAGGUGACUCCUUGAGUCAGACAGAGCUGCCCCCCUACCGUUCCCGGGCCGGGAGCACGGCGAGCUGCAACCCAGCAGUAGAGGGUGGCCUCCUCAGUGUCGCCAGCAGUCAGCCCCAGGAUGGCAGCAGCUACCCUGAGCACCCUCAUCCAUCUCCGGAGAGAACACCAGAACCCAGUGACUCACUGCUUCGCUCAGGCACACUGGGGGACCUAUAAAAGUCCAGUCAUUUUUUAAAAGUCCAUAUGGGUUAAUCUACUGUGGCUUGUUACCAUUUUGCUAUCUUUGUGCUUGUGGUUGGCCCUUGAUCCUUAGGAGAUCACAAGGGGAUGGAUCAGAGGGACUUGGAGGGAGGGAGAUGGGGUAUUUUUCCAAGGAUCCCAGUUGAUAAGAUUUGUAUUUUGCCAUUAGGUCACUCUUGCACUAUUUCCUCAGGCUCCCAGGAUCACAAGACUCCCUAUUCAUGAUGCUUCUCUGGCUCCCCCCGUCCCCUCUGUCUCUCCCCUUUUUCCUCUGUUCUCUGUCUCUGUCCUUCCUCUCUCUCUCUC